GGAGCGACAGCUGGCAACAGAUGCAACUUCCUUCAAGCUCCGUGCUGGCUGCUCUUCGGGUGUGAACUCGCUUUUAAAGUGUGAUUCACCGACCCGGAGCUGGCUAAGACUCCCGCCUCCGGCAGCGUGAGAAGGUUUCCACCUCGGAUUGUUGUAUUUUUUUUCCCCUCUCGGUGGUCUUCUCUGAUGGUGUAAUCGAGUGGAUCGCACUGUUGUUGGACCUGGUUUGAUCUCUUGCAUCUGGAGUCACCAUGAGCUGCUGGCUGUUCCUGCCUCUGUUGACCAGCAUUAUAUCCAUCGCGGGAACGUGGACAGUCUAUGGUCUUGCCUUAGCAAAUGAGCACAUAUGCCCAUUAUACAACUGGGUGUACAAUCGUAACUGUUCUGUUCAUACCUUGGUGAAAUGCUGCACAAUUCAAAACGUGCCGUUCGUAAGCACCAGUGGCAUGAACCUCCCUGAAAACUCCCUCUACAGUGCAGUGCUCAAUGCAGUGUCUGUUUUAUUCGCUGUCGUGUGUAUUUUUCGACAUGCUCAGAUAGUGGAUCGAAAAGUGGAUGAUGCUACAUUGAGUAAGGUUGCUAUGAUUGUUGGCUUCUUUGGUUCCGUGGGAGGCUUCAUUGCUGGAAACUGUAACUCAUCGGUUCUCAUGGUACUACAUUACUUUGGAGCCUCACUAUGUUUUGUCAGCGGUUGCAUGUAUUGCAUAUUACAGACUGCUUUAACAUUCAAGCUAUAUAUAACCGGAAAGGAAUGCUUCUUGGUGCCGAUACGUGGAGUACUGACCAGCCUUCAAGUGAUCUUCUCCAUCGGCUAUUUGGCUUUUUUUGUCCAUCCAGAUCUCUCAAAGAAACACAUAGGAGCCAUUUGUGAAUGGAUCUUGGCCACAAAUUUUUAUGUUUUUAUUAUGUCAUUUGCCUUUGAAUUUUACCAUAUUACCUCUUCAGUUCUCCUCGUAUUCAUUAGUAGACCCGACGAUGAGAAAAUUGCAAUUCUGUCAGAACCCAGAGGUACAGGUAUGGCUACAUUCGACAAAUAGAAGCAGAGUGCACAGACGGGCUGUGCAAUUCUGGGCCAUUGCAACCACAUGAUUCUCCAUAUUAUUUAGCUUAUGUAUUGUCAGUCUUUCAGUCCCUAUCAAACUAUUUGUUUCUUCUUUGGAAUCAACUGAUAGCUUUUUUCUUUCAAACAUCCACUUUUACACAGCGUAAGACUGUGGGAAAUGUCAUUGUCCAAAUACUCCUCUCCAGUGUCUCUCAAUAGCACUCAGCUCCUAAAUGUAAAGUAAUUAUGUUAAAAAAGUUAACUAUAUUAAGUAUUUGCUGCCCUUGAGUUCCAUACCCUCCCGCCACUGCCCCCCCCCCCCAACCUCUCCAUCCAUCCUCCACAAUCCAAGAAAGACAUGCAAAGGAAGACAUGGAAAGGUGAUGGGGAACUCCUGGCCCUCCAGCUUCUUCAGAUGUUCCUAGAGGAACUGUCGAUUGACUUUGAGGUUGCUCCACCACUUCUUGGAUUGGAUAAUAUGCAGUGGGUCAAUUGAAAGGUGAGAAAGGCAAAAAGAAGGUAACUACCACCUUUACCAUCCAGCUUCCCCAAAGGUUCUGGCCUUUUGUGCCAAGCAGCCAAAAAGCACUUGGCUGUCUUCAAGCCUACACUUGUAGGUCACACCAUUUUUUCUAAGGUGACAAUGGAUUGGCCAGUGCUGCCUGUACAUUGGUCCAUGCUACUGAUGAGGCCUGAUGAACACACCUUCUCGACCAGGGCUGGUGCAGAACCCAGUCAAGGUGUUGAGGUUUGUAGGGCAGGUGGGCCCAUUUUCUCUAAUAACUACUUUACUUUGUUGCCUCUGAUGGGAAGAUUGUAGCCAUGACUGCUAAAGGAAGUAAUUUCUCAGGGUAUUUUAAACAGUCAAAUGCACUCGCAAUGGAUCAGCUCCUUCCUUCCCUGCUGCCAUCUAUGGAGCUUCCCAUUGCAUGAAAUGAAUGGAAGUAAGAUACCUCUCAGUUCUGUUCUGGGCUCCAGUUAAACAGCACUUGAAGAACUGAUUGAAGAGGUGUUACUACCUUGUGGAAGGAGGAAAUGUCUGAAGGAGCAGAAGUUCCUGUGUAUGCUACCCAGGUACAUCACUGCCUUGCUGCUAUACAAAUUGCCAGCCCAAUUCAUUCCCUGCUAAUAGACACAUUCUCUGCUGUGCAGACUCUCUCAAGGUGAUAUUUAUCUUUUGAUCAUAUCUAUUUUUGAUAUUGAUAAUGGCAGUCAUGAUUGAUCACCCAUUCUUAUUACCACAGAACCAUACAAAAGCGGCUGUGUUGGCGUCAUGCCUGUGCCAGCAUUUUGAACAAGCUAAGCAAUUAGUCCCAGCGCUCAUCUUCAUUAAUAGUUCAAUUAAAUAUGCUUCCACCACCCUUUCAGACAAUGCAUUCCAGAUAAUAACUCAUUGUGUAAAGGCUGCAUUCCUCAUGCUGCCAAACAACUUACACCAACAGUCAGACUCUCUGACACUAAACUCCACACUUUUAUGAAAGAUCAAAUGCCCCAAAUCUCAGGUAUGCUGCCACAUUUAAUUCCACUGAAAUCUGGAUGUGCCUUCCACAGUAGGGAGAAUAAAAUGGAAUUCAUUUUACCUUUUUUCUUAAUUGUUUGGGUUUUAUUGUAUGCACUCAGAAUGGAAAAUGUACUGUACUAUUUGUAGUUCUGUAUCAUGCUUAGCUUUCAAAACUCCAUGAAAUAAAUUCAGCAUCAAUACCUCAAAUC